AUGUUCCUCGAGAGAAUUAUUUUAAUUUCAUCUAUCUUGGCCGUUGCUUUUGCGACUCCAAAGAUAUCCGGGUCAAUACCAAUAUGGCAUCUACCAUGUGGAGAACUCGAUUUACGAGCCAUCCCUUUGAAAAGUCUCGAGGAAAUGAAGACAAGUCUGGAGAGUCUUAGGCUGCAACAUCAGCUGACGAUGAACGAUUACUUGUUUCGAGAUUACGAAUACCUCUAUGAGAGAGUUAGGAUUGGCGUCGACGACCACCAGUACAUACCUAAUUGGGUACCCGGCAAGAAGGAUGUGAAUCUCAUAAGAAAACUAGUCGACGCUAGUACUCCAAUGAUUAUUAACUGUUUCCCAAAGUUGCACAUGGACCUUCAGAAAUUUGCCGUGGCCUUCGAGGAAUUGGUCGAGGACGAGCCUAACUCUCAAAUUCGACAAGCUCUUAAAGCGACUCAAUCGUACUUAACAAUGAUGUUACGCGAAGUCGAAAGCAACAUUAUCUCCUUGCCCAUCAUACGACUCCCGACACGUGUGGAACGAAACAUCAUGAGCCAUACCGAGCGAAAUCCUGUCGAUGAAACACGAAGACUCAUCAGGGACUGGGGCGUAGUUCUCAAAUAUCGAGAUUACUUACAUGCUUGGAGGCACGUAUUCAACAAUUAA